AUGGAUUCGAAAGCUAAGGAGCUUCUCUCUUGGUCUGCAAGCUCUGUGGUGCCUGGAGGAGGAAUCACAGCUGCCAGGCUGUUCCACAUCAUGAGGGACCAGACAGUGACUGUCAUCAUCAUGGACAACCGUAGCGGCAGGGACUUUGAGGAGUCCCAUAUCCAUGUCCCCAUACAGAUCUGCAUCAGCAUCCCUGAGGAGGCUAUCAACCCAGGGAUCACUGUGAACCAGAUCGCGGCCAGGCUGCCGGAAGCUUCCAGAGAACAGUGGAAGAGACGGGGGUUCGUAGACUACAUCAUAUUACUGGACUGGUUCAGCUGUGUCACUGACCUCAGACUGGGGACCCCACUCAAGAGCCUCAAAGACGCUCUCUACAAGUGGGACAGCACCACAGAUCUCCACAGAGAACCCCUGGUUCUGGAGGGAGGCUAUGAGAACUGGUUGCUCUUCUACCACAUGUACACGACCAACGCCAAAGUCAGACCCCCCCGACCAAAAGCCUGAGCGUGAACUGCGUGAACUGCCCCCCCCCCCUAUGGCCAAAUACAGCAUUCCCCAGGCCACCUGCCCAACCUGCCCCUGCCAAGACCACUAAGCCCAGUCCUGACGUGUAUGCCAAGAUGGAGAUCGUCAAGCUGUCGGCAGCUAAGAUCCGUAACCUAGACCCUGUGGAUGGAGGGUUGGGUGCCAUGCUGACGGGACUGUGUGACAGCAGGACCUGUUACAUGAACUGCAUCCUGCAGUGUCUAUGUAACAUCCUAGCCAUGGCUGAGUACUUCACCAAUAACUACUACCAGGAAGAUAUUAACAGGACCAAUAUCCUGGGCCAUAAGGGGGAAGUAGUGGAGGAGUUUGGGGUGAUAAUGAAGGCUAUGUGGUCUGGCCUGUAUAAGUGUAUCAGCCCCAGGGACUUCAAGUUUACCAUGGGAAAGGUUAACGAACAGUUUGCUGGCAACGAACCACGGGAUGCAAGGGAGUUAAUGCAUUGCCUCCUAGAUGGGCUACACGAGGACCUCAAUAAGGGUGACACUAGUAAGCUGUACCAAUGGGAAGUGAAUGACCACCACCUGGAUGACCAAAGGGCAGCCGACCUGGCCUGGAGCAGACACAAGCUGCGGAAUGAGUCCAUCAUCGUAGCUCUGUUCCACGGUCAGUUGAAGAUCACUGUCCAGUGUCUCACCUGUCAACACAAGACACGCACCUUCGAGACCUUCGAUUACCGCAUCCUGCCACUGGCUUCAUCUAACAAGUGCUCCCUACACGACUGUCUGAAGCUGUCCAGUAGAGAGGAAAAGCUAGAUAACCAUGACAAGGUGUUCUGCAGUCACUGCAAAGCCUUAAGAGACUCCAUGAGGAAAGGGGAGAUCUGGAAGGUUCCGCCCAUCCUAGUGGUUUACUUACUUCGAUUGACCUGCGAUGGCAGAGAGAUGCGGAAACUCCAGACCAACGUUGACUUCCCUCUGGAGAACCUGGACCUGACCCAGUAUGUCAUUGGUCCAAAACAGAGGCUCAAGAAAUACAACCUGUUUACAGUCUCUAAUCACUAUGGGGGUCUGGAUUAUGGCUACUACACAGCCUUCUGUAAGAACACCAUCAAACAUCAGUGGUACCAGUUUCAAGACAAGGAUGUUUCAGACAUCUCCACCUCCUCAGUCAAGUCCUCUGCCGCUUGCAUCUUAUUCUACUCCUCUCUGUGA